CCGGAGUUGGAGACCUUCUCCGCCCUCGAGCCCGUGAUACGAGCUUAGUUCAUUCAUCUUCUCGCCACCCCUCGCAUCUUUUGCCAAACACUCCCCAACACAAGUAUUUCAAUAUGGGGAAAUUCUACCCAUCAAUAUCCCCAGAGAUUCGCGACUGGGCUCUGAGCCAGAAAGUCUUCUUCACAGCCUCAGCCCCCCUCCGCGGCCGCCACAUAAAUGUAUCGCCAAAGGGUCUCCCAGAUGCCUCAUUCGCGAUUCUAGGCCCCAACGAGGCAGCAUAUGUCGACUCUACAGGCUCAGGUGGCGAGACAAUUUGCCAUCUACGCGAAAACGGGCGCAUCACUAUUCUCUUCUGCUCGUUCGACGCAUCGCCCCGCAUCCUGCGACUCUUCUGCACGGGAUCCGUUAUCGAAUGGAGCGAGUCUGGAUUCCAGGCCUAUCUCGAGCGCAUGGGUGGAAAGGGUCUCGUUGGUGCGCGAGCCAUUAUCCGUUUGGAUGUCUUCAAGAUCCAAACCUCAUGUGGCUACGGCGUUCCGCAACUCUCCUUGACAUUCGACGCCGAGACAAACGAGCCGAAGCCGUACUUCAAGGACCGGGAAACCCUGGGCAACUGGGCAGGCAAGCAGGUCGAGGCCGGUACCAUCCGGGAAUACCAGUCGCAAUGGAACAGUCGCAGUCUAGAUGGACUUCCGGGUCUUCGGACGGCUUUGCAGGAUAAGGGACAAAGCCCUCUCCUAGCCAGUCUGGGUAACUGGGCUCGCUAUCACCGGGGCGAGAUUGAGUUUGUGAAGAGUUCGCUGCUUCUGCUGUUUGUGACAAUGGCGAUUCUUCAGUGGGUGGGAUAUAUUAGUAUAUAAUGAGUAUCGUAACGAUGUUUAUGCUGAUUGUGUUAUGCUCGAUAUGAUUGUGCUGAUUGAGAACUUUC